UGCCGACUGACAGGUUGACAGUUUACGGGCAAAUAAAAAAGCUGCUGCUCCAAGCACAUGGUUUUCUGUAUUGCCAUCGAAUGCCCGGUGUGUAUCGUGUUCACAAAUAUUGUGUAAUUUUUCGUUUGCUUUCAUUUUGUCCACGUUGGUUUCGAUUCUAACCACCCGUUUUACUAUCGGAAGAGUGACGACUGUGCGACUGUGGUGUGCGUAUUGUGGAAGCCGCAACGAUGAAGGAGCAACCCGGCCGUAAGGCUGGCAUGCUGAUGGACAAAUCCGUGUUUGGUUACUUCAAGCAUUUCAUCAAUGAGGACGAUGGUGUCCGGGUGAACGGUGCCUGCAGUUUAAUCGAGUUCUUGACCAAGGGCAAAGCACACGCGGCACAGCAGAAUGGGUCCGGCGAUGUGGCUGAAGAAACGUUCGCACCCAAAACGACCGAAACCGCCUAUGCGCUGAAGCGUCUAGUUCGUGGCGUUGGUUCCACACAGAACGCCUCCCGAAUCGGGUUUUUCACGGCGCUGGUAGGGCUGCUGGAGCAGCUCAAGAGCAAAGAAAUGGAGUGCCCCGCCGUCUCGCAACUGCUGGGACUGAUCAAAUCGGAACUAACCGAUCCCGAACACGCCGACAAAGAGGAUAAAAAGCAAAAAGUUCAGCUCGAGCUACGCAUCGGCAAGAUUCUCGUUUGCGGAGCGAUCAUAAAAUCCGGCCUGAUCGACAACGCAACCGAGCAGGAGUUGCAGACUGUGCUGAAAACGUUUAAGAAAAACAUGCACGAACUGCUCACACCGCUGGUGUACGCGUUUCUGAACGAGCUCGCCAACCGGCUGAAUGCCGCCAAAUUUUCCAAAGUGUUUUGGCCCGUGUUUGAGGAGGUACUGAACGUGCCGAAGGAAAACCACACGAUCGAUUCGGUGUUCUUCCUGCUGCAGCUGUCGAUUGGGCCGCACAAGAAGCUUAUCAAUAGCAAAUACUUCGAGCGCAACUUUGGCGUUCCGAAGCUGCUGCACCAGGAUAACUUUGCCUUUUUGGGUAAGUUGCUUUUCGGUGUCGGCACCACCAUCGGGAUCAAUCAUCCGUUCUACGAGUGUUUGCUGGAGCAGCUGAGCAAGACCAACGCCAUGGUACCGUUCUGGCGCGACACCAUUGUGCCAAUGCUGCAGCAAUCGGAAACGGAGGGCAAACCGAAGCAUCGCAAUUUAGUUGUGCUACGCACGGCAAUUUCCGUUCUUGGCCGCAUGGAAGAUUAUACCGCCGUGCCGGAGGUGUUACACCCGACGUUUGUAAAGUUUCUGGUAAACGAUCUUAAAAAUCGCUCCAAGUACAGUGAAGAUGUCCGCAAUCUGUACCAGGAAGUAUGUACAGCGCUGCUCGCCUGCUACCCAAAGAUGCAGGACGAAGGUGCCCGGCUGGCCACGUUCCGUCGGUUGAUGAAUGCGCCGGGAAGUGUGCUGAUCGACAAGUAUGCCAACUGCAAGCUGCUACAAAACCUGCUCGUCACACUGUCCACCGACAGCUUGCGCACGGUUGCGACCGAACUGCAGACGUUCAUACUGGACGAAUCGACAGGCACGAGUGGCGAGCGGUCGUACGCCGCCCAGAUCCUGCAGCGAAUACUUUCCUUGCGCCAAACCGCGCCAGCUGGCGGCAGCACACCAACCAACGACAAAGCGGAUGUGGAGCAAUGGCAUCAAGAGUUGGUACAGUUUUUCCUUACCCUCGGUGUGUUCUACACCAAGGAUGGGGUGAAGGUGGUGAAGGGCACCAAAUCGGACAAAGUCAUCUCGUCCGAACUGGCUACGAUGAUGCGCGGAAUUUUCUUCCACUCACUCGAGCAUCGGCAUGCGAAGCUUGCGAACGAGCGCACCUUUCUACUGUCGGUCGUGCGCCACGUCGACGAGCUGUUGCGGUCCCACGGUAUCAAAUCGCUUCGAAGUCCGCUGACCGAUGAGCAGCUGAGCUGUUGGCAUAAGAUGAUGGCCACGGUUACAAACGACAGCACGCCCAACAGCAAGAAGCAAAGCAAAAAGCAAACACGUGCCGAAACCGACACCGCGCAGUGCGAAACGGUGUUUCACAUUCUGCUAAUGCACAUGGGGCUGCAUUUGUUCAGCGAUCCGGAGGUGGCCUGCAGCUCCAUCAUGGAGCUCGAGUGUGUCAUGAAACGCAUCCAAGAGAAGGCAAAGCAACGUCGGCAAAGCAGCAAUGGAGGGUCGAAGGGGAAGAAGAAUCCAUCCGACGAACUUUCGUACGAGCUGGAACCGGCCGAACCGGAGUGGAUCGAGGUGGUGGUGGAUCUGUUCCUGAAUCUGCUAUCCCAAAACUCGCACCUGCUGCGCAAAGUGAUCGGCCAUCUGUUCCCGCAUCUUUCGGGCGAACUAACGCUGCCCGCCCUGAAUCAGAUCCUGUCGGUGAUCAACCUGAAGGACAAAUCGAAUCCGCUCGCUGUGAACGGUGAGGACGGGGAGAAUGAUAGCGAAGAGGAUGGAGAAGAGGAAGAAGCGGACGAGGAGGAGAUGGAAUCGGCAUCGGACGGGAGUGAUGCUGAAAGUCGAAAUGACGACCCGAACGAGGAUGCCGAAAAAGACGGUGACGACGACGACGAGGAGGAGGAUGAGGAUGAGGAUGAGGAAGACGAUGACGAUGAGGAGCUAAUGGGCGACGAAGAGGAGGAGGAGAACAUUACGGACACGAUGCGCCAAACAAUACAGGCGGCACUGGGCGGUGCAAACCCGGAAACCGACACCGAAUCCGUAGAUCUGGACGACCUCGAUGAGGAGCAGGGUCGCAAGCUGGACGUGGCGCUUUCCGCAGCGUUCCGGGCGUUCCGCAAGUCGAAACCGCGCAAACGCAAGGGACCGACGAAGGUGGAGAAACAGAUGGACACCGUGCUGACGCACUUCCGGAUGCGGGUGCUCGAUCUGAUCGAUGCGUACCUUAAGCAGGAGCCCGACAUGCUGCUGUGUCUCGAGCUGAUGCUGUACAUCUUCGAGAUGCUGCCGGUGGGUUUGCGCGAGGAGUCCAAGUAUGGGGCCAUCCUGAAGCGGUACAUACACAUCUUCAACACGCUGAUUCGCAUCAAAAAGUUCAAGCGCGAUGCGGCCGGCGUGCGGAUGGAGCAGCUCGACCAGAUACUGCGCGAUCUGAUCGAGAAGGUCGCAAAAGGUGUCGCCUUCCCGGAGCGCAACGAGUACCUGCUGAAGGCCUGCCAGUUUAUAGUCAUCUGCAGUCAGGUGCUGGCGAAGCAGGAGGCGGGAAGUGGAACGGAUGCGGUAGACAAGACGUUCGGUGAGCUGCUGGCAGAGUUUAUUACCAACCGCAAUCCAUCGCUUGCGUUCGGCGUGUUUCAAAAUCUGUUCCGGAUGCAGUGGGGCGGAGUGUGGCAUUUGGCAGACAGGCUGGUGCACGGUGGAUUAAAGGUAAGCUCGGUCCGAGCGAUCCGUAGAAUACAAACCCUUCAGUUGCUGCGGGAGCUGCUCCGAAAUCGACGCCUGAUAAACGCCGAUCAGCCCCGAUCGGGCGCUGUGCUGCGUACCAUCUGCAGCCAAGCGCUCGCACCAUACGUAACGGAGCUGAAGACCGCUGUCGUGGCCGGGGAUCGUUCGAUUGGGCAGAACGAGCUGUACGAGCUGCUGAUGGUGCUGCACGAGGUGAAAAAUCUGUCCCCAUUGUCCACCAAUGCAAGCGAUAAGAAGAAAGGCGACAAAAAGUCGGAGCUGCUCAAAUGGGACAGUAUCGGCGCACAGGUGCAAUCGAUGCGCUUGUUCGCGCUCAACUCGCAAACGAUGUCCUCGUACCGACGGUUUUGUCAGCGACUAAAUCUGGCGCCGGUCAGUAAUGAGGGGCUGCCGGCAUUGAAGGAAACCGGAACCAACGGUGUCAGCGCGGAAGCGUCAUCCAACGAAGUAAAACCUGCCGCGAACGGCAUCACCCCUAAGCAGGGUAACGCGAAGAAACGGAAAGCUACGCUGCAAGAAGCAGCGAACGGAGAAGAAGAAGAGAAUGAUGAGGGUACGGUCCCACUGUUGUUGAAUGGGCAUGGCAUGAACGGAAGUGCGGAAGAGGAAGCAAACGACCAACCUACGGAAGCUAACCAAUCUGACAAACGGAAGCGAAAGAAGGGCAACAACAACAAGAUACAGGUGCACGACACGAACGGCGGCGGUGAUGAGCCGACGGAGCUCAAUGGUGGUGACGCUCAAAGCAAGCGGAAGCGAAAGAACGAUAACCAACCGAACGGCGAAGGAGACGCAGCAACCGCGACGAGCUCUUCGAAGCAGGAAAAACGACGACGAAAGGAGGCCCGAUUGCUGGCCGCGUCGCAAGGGAUGGAAGACAUUUCGUUUGCCAGGGUGGUACAACUUGAGUAAAAAGGUGCGCGAGAUGACACGCGUGUGAUCGUGUGAAGUGCGCGCGCUUUAGUUAGGAUCUUCCUUUUUUUGCAAAUGAAUAUGAUUAAAAAUAUUGGUCCUCAAUAACGGU